ACAAGCAUGUCUGUGGAACUACUGGAAUUAAAGACAGAGAGAGGUACUCCUAUACGUUUUCAUCUUUUUAAUUGUGACAGAACGUAUAAUCUGGAUGUCGUUGAAAACUUGCUGAGCGCGGUCAAUGAGAAAUCAACUGGCCUUGACAUAGACUCGGAACAGAAGUACUUUCGUCUCCCCGAAAUGUCCAACUUGUGCGAUACUUUAAGGUCUGGACCACCCAUGGAUUUUGCUGUUUUUGCUGUUAACGCGAACGAAUCACGGCUGUCCAUUAAUGAAAAGAACGCCGGAAUAGGUUAUGGAAAGUUCUACAGGGCUCUAUUGAAGGCAACAGGUGAACGAGUGAUUGUGGUUAUUGGUGCAGACGAUAAUUACAACGAUGCUGCUGAAGAACAAAGAUCUCUCCUCUCACGCUGGGCUCGAAGAAAGGUUUCAUCCCAGUUCAAUGAAGAAUUCAUGGAUGGAAGCAAGGGCUUCAUUUUGUCUUGGAACAAAGCUCACAGAGUGAUUCACGAAGAGGCUCUGCAACAUUUUCUCGAUCCUAGCAAGAAGAAUCACAAAUUUGUCUUACAGAAAAAAGACCAAUCACUAUCGCAUUUCAAGUCCUUAGAUCAGAAACAGAUGGUAACAGAUGGAACUGCAACAGUUGUUACUGUGAGAGCUGAAUCUCAGGUGAGCAGGGACACCAUUGCAUCAACUAAUGGAGAAGAAGACUACCUGGGAAUGGAAAAUAAGAAACUAUCUGUGGGAUAUGCAUUAGGCGCUAGGCCUAAGCAGGGCUCUAACUCUUUAUUUCAGUCUUGUGCAUCUUUUGACACUGAGACACAUGACCAUAAGAAGAAAGCUAUGGAUGUCAGCGAGUCCGGAAAAAGAAUGGAAGCAGCCCGCCAGGAGUCCUUUGAUUCCAUGAACACAAAUCCAUUAUCACCAAUAAAGAAGGUACUGAUCCUUGGUCGGGACCAGUCUGAUGUACGUUUAGUGAAUGAAUUGUUUGCUGAUGAUGUUCUUAGCAAGGUUUGUAUCUUCAACGGUUCCUCUGAAGAUCCCGGGAGGGAUUCAUCAAUCUUUGAUGGCCCUCUAAAAUCCUGUUUCAUUGUUGUGGAAGCCAGAAUCCUGAAGGAUGAGCUGCAAUUCAAAUCACAGACAAAAUCAAAUAGAUGCAUGUUGGAAUCGGCGAAACGAAAUGUAGACGGAAAAAUUGUCGUAAUUAUCAGUGACCACAACAGUAACAUGUCACUAAAUGAAGAAAACUCCAUCACAUCAAGAAUCAAGGAAAUUCUUGACGAUAAGGGCGUUAUCUUUUGGUGGAAGGGGAACAACCCGCAAAAACAAACUCCUAGACGUUCGUGGUCGUUUGGACGGAAACGAUCUCAAAAAGAUAAUGAUAGUGCAGCACUCACUGUAGCGACUGAAAGUAAGGCUCGCCAUCUAUACACCGAUGACUUUACCCUCCUUUUAAAGGCUCGCCUGCACUAUGGUGAGAUUUCUCUUGAAGAUGAACAUGAGAGGUUCAAUGAAGAUAAGCUUCCCCCAGAGAUCAAGGAAAGUUUGAGGAUAAAAUGGCAAUCGACUGCCGAUGCAGAAUUGCUUGUUUUUCGGGAGAAAAAAACUGGUGACUAUCGCACCAUUGUUAAUCCAGUUGCAACUUCCCCAGUAGGUAAGGUGUACGAGAUGUUCUUCCCAACUUCAGGGAAUCCCUUUCGUCGGCUGUAAGAAAUAUAGCUGAAAACGCCAUGCAUCAUGCGAUAUGAGAUUAUUUGUACAAUGUGUACAAGUGGCAUUUACUGGUGCCAUAAAGUCUGAAAGUUGAUUUCCAUCAAUGUUACAGCAUAACUAGUUCAGUUUUGCUAUCGUACAAUGUAACUGUAAUUGAGGUCAUAGUUAUAUGAGGUCAAGUAAUGUUCUACAAAAUUUUAAAGUUUCACAAAUUUUGGAGGAAAUAUUUAUAAAAAUUAUUUUCAUCGUGUCAUAUUUUCUUUAAUUCUUUGAGAACUUACCCCAGUUUAUUUCAAAAUCCUUUGAUGGCGACCGUCUUUGAUUACACCGUGCCACCUAAAGAGCUAUUUUCCAAAAUUAGAUAUCUCAUCUUUUAGAGCUCAUUGAAAACUACACAAUUACAUCGAGUGUGCGCACGGUACUAAAAUGAAAAAAUACAAUGUAAUUGAAACAAGAUGUCUUCCCUUUAAAAGCAAAUUUAUCAUUGAUCAUGAUAAGUUCAGAUAUGAACUACUAAUUGUUAUGAACACAAUAAGGCUGAAAUGUACGAUAAUGAGACGACUUUAUGGCUUGAUAGAUCUCAUUUUAUCUAUUUGCUUUCUUCUAUGUUUCCGGAUAAUUUAGACGUUUGACAUGAAGGAAUGAACCAUUUGUCCAAUUUUUUUUGUUCCCUAAAUACCUUUUAUUUAAAGAAAAGUAUUCAUACUUGUUAUUCAAACAUCUUUAAUGAUAUGUUCAACCGUAAAAGCCUUGUGACUUCCGGAAGCCAUCCAAAUAUAUCGUUUAUCAUUACAAAUUUAUUAUCAAUUCAAAGAAAUCACUUGCUAUUGAUUAUAUAUACGACUCUCAUUUCAAUGGUCAAAACAAUCCUUCUUUUCAUAA